UGUUACCCUAUAAGGCCAUGAUUCAUCCCUCUGUUAUCAGCACCAAAUGCCAAGAAUUUGGCAACACUGAUUUCAAAAAUAAACAAUUGUUUACCUUUUUCGUAAAUGUUUUUUGGAGGAAUAUUUUAUUUGUAUUGUUUUGUGAGAAAAUAUGUAAAUAUUUUGUAGUAAAAUCAAUAUCGAAUCAAUAAAAAUGUCUUCUUUGCACUAUCAAUAUCAAAACAGUCAACAUUCACGUGUAAUGAAUUUAAAAUAUAAAUCAAAAUACAAGAAAUUAAAAAGACAAAUUAAACAAUUGGUUUUUGAAAAUGCUGCUUUAUGCGAUGAAGUUGCCCAAAUACAAUCAGACUUGUCGACAGCACGUGACGAAAGGAAAUAUUUAAUCAAACGCCUUAUGCGCCAUGAAGGUUAUGAAAGUACAGAAAAAACUCCGGUGGAUGGUGCAACACCACAAGCAGGGACUACCCAAAAGCCUUCAAAUAAUAUGCCAAAAAAGCGUGGCCCCAAAAAACGAGUGCUACAAGUCAAUUCCAAUAUUGAGGAUGUGGAAAAGUUAAGACUCAUUUGUGAGGAUAAAUUUGAUGUGGACACUCAAGGUAAACCCAAACUACCCAUAAAUCUUUAUAAUAUAUUGGUUCACUCUAUGGGUGAAAUAUUGCCAGCAAAUCCAAAUUUCCAUAACGCGCACUGGAUCUAUCCGGUGGGCUAUGUAGCCACACGUAUUUAUGCCCAUCCCAAGGAUCCACAACGUAAAUGUGUUUAUACCUGUAAAAUUUUAAAUAAUACGGGCAUGCCACAAUUUCAAAUAAUACCGGACAAUGACCUUGACAGUGUUUUCUUUGGUGAAACGGCAAAUAUCUGCCAUCAAACGUUAUUGGAAACUCUUAAAAGAUCUUUGUCUGAUGGCACCAAGUUGCCUUUACAUGUCCAAGGUGAAAAAUUCUUCGGUUUAGCUAAUAAUACCGUGCAAUCUCUAAUCAAAUUGGACGGUACCUUUAAGCAAUGUGCAAAUUUUAGAGGUUUCCCUAGCAAAAGCGAUAGUAACGAUUAUAAUAUUCCUGAAGAGAAGGACCCUACUAUGUCGUAUGAAGCUUUGCAGUCUUUGAUAACGAUGACAGCGUAUCACACUAUGCCGGAAAUAAAAGAUGAACCACCGGAUGAGCUCUUUGAAUUGAAUUAAGCGAGGUUUAAUAUCUCUUUUAUUAUUAAGUAUUUGUAAAUGCUUAAGAAGGGUUUAUAAUAUAAAAAGAAAAUAAAGUAUAAGCAAGCUAAGUAAAUUUUGCAUUUACAAUAAAACGCAAAUUUGAAUCGUGUAGAAAUGAGGAUAGCAACCUCCAUUUUUUAUAACUAA